AUGGUGACACCCGCCGAGGCCGUCGGGGGCAUGCUCGCCUCAGCCGUCAUCAAGGUGGUGAUAGGCCAGAUCAGUUCCAGCAUCACUGGCGAGAUCAAGCUGCACAAGAACAUGAGGAAGGAUCUGGAGAAUAUGAAGAUGACCCUCGAGUCGGUGGAGGCCGUGCUCAGCGAUGCCGAGACACGGUCUAUCAAGCAUGAACCGACUCGUCUGUGGCUGAACCGGCUCAAGCAUGCUGCCAAUGACAUCGCUGACAUGCUUGAAGAUUUUGAAGAUGACACCGACCUCAACCUGUGGGCAGCUACGAUGAAGAAGAUUAGGAUGCCACGAAAGAUGAAAAAGGUGCAAAAACGCCUAGAGAAGAUAAAAGACGAUCAUAAUAAUUAUGGAUUUCUAACAGAAACUCACAGGAAAGAGCAGCCAGUUACUGAUAUCCGGGAAACAGCAGGGAGUAUGGUGGAAGAAGAAAUCAUUGGGAGGGAUGCUGAAAUAUUGGAAAUCAUGGCUUGUUUAUCUGGGAGCACCACUCAAGGGACCACCAUCAUCCCCAUAUGGGGCAUUGCAGGCAUCGGAAAGACCACCUUGGCAAGAUGGGUUUUCAAUGAUUCCCAGUUCAAAGAAUACUCUCGGGUGUGGGUCUAUGUGUCCCAGAUAUUUGACCUCAAAAAAAUUGGCAACACUAUACUAUCACAACUAUCACAACAAAGCCCAAUAUCUGAUUUGCAUGGUGUUCAUACUCGUCUCCGGGAGCUGUUUACUGGUAAGAAGAUCCUGAUUAUUUUGGAUGACCUGUGGGAGAAUGAUCUCUUUAAACUAAAAGAAUUGAAGGAUAUGCUAAAACUGGGUGAGGGGAGCAAGGUGAUGGUUGUGGUAACUACACGAGAAGAAAGCAUUGCGAAGGAAACUGGUACCAUUGCUCCAAGCCAAUUACCUCCCUUAACAGAUGAAAUCUGCUGGGAUAUUAUUAAACAAAAAUGUAACUUUGAAGCUCGUCCUGACAGAGAGCGUUUGGAGCCGAUUGGGAAGGAAAUAGCAACAAAAUGUGGAGGUGUGGCUUUAGCUGCUCAAUCGCUUGGACACAUGUUGAAAUGCAGGCCGUACGAAGAAUGGGAUGCCAUUAAAGCCAAUCAUAUCUGGGAACUGUCUACUUCUGAAGAUACACUGAAUACACAAGAAGUGCUUGCAUCUUUGUUGUUAAGCUACAACUUGAUGCCUCCACGCUUGAAGUUAUGCUUUGCUUACUGUGCAAUCUUUCAAAAAGGUCACAAUAUGAUUAAAGAUGAUCUAAUUCAUCAAUGGAUUGCUCUUGGAUUCAUAAAGCCAUCCCGUAUGUUCUCUACCUGGCAAUGCGGUCAGAGUUAUGUUAGGCAGCUUCUGCAAAUGUCCUUUCUUCAGUAUUCUAAAACUGACACCGGAACUCUCGAGAGAAAAGAUGCUACAAGGUUCACUAUGCAUGACCUGGUGCAUGACCUUGCAAGAUCGGUCACGGCUGAAGAAUUUGACUUGGAGGGCCCGAACUGCCGCUAUGCAUGUAGAACAGAUUGUGAGAAACCAUUAAAGCCAUCCCCGACUUCACCUGCAAAGCUAAGGGCUCUGCAUAUUGUGGACCAUGCCUACAAAGAAACUGAGUUCCAUCAUGAUGCAGAUUCACCAGCUAAGUACAUCCAUGUCUUAGAUUUACACAGAGGCUAUUGGCAUGAGUUGCCAGAUUCCAUUGGUCAACUGAAGCAGUUGAGGUAUCUUAGCGCUCCAUUGAUCUCGGGUCAAAUGAAUCCAAGGUUUAUUGGCAUGCUCUCAAAAUUGAAUUAUCUCAACCUUCAUCAUUGUGGUCUCUCAACAUUGCCAGAAUCGAUUGGCGAGAUGAAAGGUCUGAUGCAUCUUGACUUGUCUUCUUGUAAGAGCCUAAAAGAACUCCCAUUGUCAUUUAGGAAGCUCACAGAGUUGCUAUAUCUGGAUUUGUCAAACUGUGAUGGCCUUUUAGGGAUACCCCAAGCUUUGGGUGGCCUUACCAAACUCCAACAUUUGGACUUAUCACAGUGCCAAAAUCUCGGAGAGCUGCCAGAAGUCAUCCGCAAGCUCACUGAACUCCGCUAUUUGAAUCUAUCAUGGUGCAUGCAUCAUAUCUUUGACAGCUCAUCCACAGGUCAAGCGGAGAGUUUCAUUGAGUGUAUCUGCUUGCUUCCCAAUAUGGAGCAGCUGCACUUGUCUUGCCAAUAUGAAUAUCCUCUUAGCAUACCAAAAAGUGCUACCUGCCUCAGUAAGUUGGCUCUCGAUGAGUGCUACAGUGUUACUCGGAUUCCAGAACGUGUGGCUAAAAUGGACACUCAAAGCCUUUUUGGUUUGUUGCCAGACUUUUCUGUAUAUUCAGAUGGCACUGAACCUAAUAGCAAUCUUCACUUGCUUGAGCAUACAAAUCCUGAACGGCUGAGUAUCACUAUGCUUGAAAAUGUGAAGUUCAUAGAAGAGGCACACAUUAUAAAUCUGAGGGAGAAAAGUAGCAUUGUUGAUCUGAGAUUAGGGUGGACCGAAGAUGGAGAGAGAUACGUGGAAGACAUGGAGUUGCUGAGGGAGCUAGUGCCGCCAACCACUUUGCAGGGGUUUGAGAUAUAUGGUUAUUGUAGUCUCCGUUUUCCAGACUGGCUAAUGAGUAUUAUAUGUUAUCUCCCUAAUCUUGCCCGCAUUAGGUUGUCUGACUUGCCAAACUGCAAGACUCUACCACCACUGGGCCAACUACCAAACCUCCGAGAGCUUAUUCUGGGCGAGAUGAAAAGCCUGGAAGAAUGGAACACAUCAUCCUGGAGUGGCGAAGAUAGUGUGAAUGAGCUCAUGUUCCCUAAGCUUGAGAAAGUGUAUAUAUCUUAUUGCCCCAGGUUGAGGAUAAAACCACACCUUCCUAGAGCUGCCUCUUGGAGUGUAGUGAGAAGUGAUAGUGUGCUCAUAUCAUGCGGAGACAGUGUGGCACACACUGAUGCUUCCUCAUCUUCUUCCCCUGUAUCUACUAGGCUGGAAGUUUCAGGCAGCAAUUUGCCUCUGCAUCAGUGGAGUUUGCUUCACCACCUACCUGCCCACAGCGAUUUGGAUAUCUAUGGUUGCAGUGAUUUGGCAGGCUCACCAGAGAUUAUCCAGGCCCUCCACUCCCUCAAAGCACUGAAACUAAAUAUGGCAGACAGUGAGGAACUGGUGGAAUGGUUCGCAGACCUCACGUCUCUCCAGCAUCUUACAUUAUGGGAGUACAAGAAGCUAGAGCAAUUGCCUGCUAACAUGAGGCAACUCACACAGCUCGAAUCACUAUCACUGUACGGAUGCCAAAGGAUGACAUCACUGCCAGAAUGGUUAGGAGAACUCACCUCUCUCAGGAAACUUGAAAUUCUGUGGUGCUUUGCCAUCAAGACAUUGCCAGAGAGCAUACAACAACUCUCAAACCUCCAACAAUUGAAAAUUCUUGGCAACCCCGAAUUGAGGAAGUGGUGUGCAGAAGAUGAGAACAAGGCAAAGCUUGCUCACAUCAAAGAAAUGCUUACUGAAUCUGACAAAGACGAAGCCACUAUGGCAGAGCCAGCAGAGCCGCAACACUGUGGAUGCUUGAGAUUCAUGGGGUUUAAGGAGGAUCAAUGA